GUAUGGGUUUAUCAACCUUAAUAUAACUUAACUUUAUUUUACAUAUCUGAAGUCAUUACCAUCGAGACGGUAUCCAUUAUUAUGACGCCAUAGAGCGCAUUUCAAAAGUUUAGAAUGUUGGCGCGCGGUAUAUAAAGCCAUGGAAUUCUGUGAAACAUUUUGUUGGUUUGUAGUAGUGGAUUUAUUAGCGGUUAUCAGUGAUGGGACAGCGAAUUUCUCGUAUUAUUCCGGUAAAUGAUGGCGCGGUGUACGAUCACCAUCCCAGUACACCCCCAACACCCGACACCGACAAGGCGGAGCAACACUUCCAUCCGUGCGAUGAGCCGCCUGUCGAUGCCGGUGAGGGAGACGCCAAGAAGAGGGAGGAGGAGGAGCGGAGGGAGGCAUGGGGUGAGGAGGAGGAGAUGAAGAAGAAGAGGAAAAAGAAGUUCUGGAGGCUGCCCUCUUUCCUCAAAGCUGCCAGAAAACACCUCAAGGUGAUCCGACCGAGUCAGACUGAGGUGCAGCUUAUUGAGUCACCAUCGCCAGCCAGCAGCGCUGAUGAUGACAUUAUGUGCCGCUAUGAGCUCGGUGAUCGUCUGGGGGUAGGCGGGUUUGGAGUCGUUCAUGAAGCGAGUCGUGUGGAGGAUGGCCUUAAGGUGGCAUUGAAAGACGUCAUGAAGACGCACGACAUGGAAUAUCUAACUAUUCCUGGUCAUCCAAACCCCCUACCAGUGGAGAUCGCCCUUACACUCUUGGCCAACAAGGGACCCAGCGCACCAGAGAUUAUAAAGCUGCUGGACUGGCAGGACCAACGGGACAACUAUGUCAUGGUCCUCGAGUGUCCGUCACCGUGCGAGAACUUAGUCAGUUUCUUGGAGGGCCAUGGAGGAAGACUCGAUGAAGGUUUAGUUCGACACAUCAUGCGGCAGGCAACGCGAGCGGCUCGCACGUGUUGUCGCCGUGGGGUAUUCCAUGGAGACAUAAAGUUGGAAAACUUCAUUGUGAGCAAGGACACUCUGCAGGUCAAGUUGAUUGACUUUGGGUGUGGGGACCUCAUGAGAAAGUCUGCCUACACGACAUUGUAUGGCACCAUGGAGUACUACCCUCCUGAGUACAGGGCUAAGGGCAAGUACCAUGCUAAGUCUGCAAUGUCGUGGUCUCUUGGGGUCAUCUUGUUCACAAUGCUGUGCGGCCGUUUUCCAACUGGCAAUGACCUGCAGAAGACCGAACUAAACCUUUGGUCAGAGCCUGGACUGUCAAAGGACUGCUGCCGUUUGAUCUGUAGUCUCCUGCAGCAUAAAACUAAGCGACGACUCGGUCUGGGGAAGAUCCUUCAACACGACUGGUUUCAGAAUGCUGCUGAACCAGAGGUUCCUGCCAUGGACAGCUUAAAGGCAUGUAAUGCGCUUCCUCGUCUCAGAGCUCCACUGCCCUGGUUCCUCAGUGGUUCCUCUCAUGGCUACCCACAAGUCCAAAGUUUGAUGUCCCAGAGGUUCCUUCUACGGUGCUCCAGGUCUCUCAGUCUUGCUGCUCUGGUACCAGAACUUCCUGUAGUGGCUACUGGUCUUCAACUCCUUGUCAUGACUGCACCUCUCAAAAGUUGCCCUGGAUAAUGAGGUCCCUGCAAAGUCAGCUGGGUCCCAGAAGUUCUAGCACUGGCCACUCAGAGAGGUUCAUGCCACGGUCCAGUCUCAGAUGUUCUUCCCAUGGCUAUCUCAGAUGCACUGCUCCAUGUGAUGUAAGCCCCAGGUGCCAGCAGUUUCUGUAAUGGCUGCAUCUGCUCUUUAAAUACUUUUCUCAUGUCAGAAAGGAAGAAAAACAGCUUGCAUUUUAAACUGGAAAGAUUAAAAUGUCUACUUAUCACCUGUGGUUUUCUGUCA